GUUACAGCAGGUGCUUCUAGUCAGGCCAAGUUCAAUCUCUGCUUUUGAUUUGGACUAAAACAUGACGGCCAGCAGCUGUGGAGAAUAUCAUCAGAGACUGCUCUAGACUCCAAGAACCUCGUACAUUCUGCAUUUUAGCAUCUUCUACCAUUCUAGGUUGGAUUACAGUUCAAAGGAGAGAAGAUGGCAUUUUAUCCACUGCAAAUUGCUGGACUCGCUCUUGGGUUCCUUGGCAUGGUAGGGACCCUGGCCACAACUCUUCUGCCUCAGUGGAGAGUAUCAGCUUUUAUAGGCAGCAACAUCAUUAUCUUCGAGAGGCUCUGGGAAGGGCUCUGGAUGAACUGUGUCCGACAAGCCAGGGUCAGGCUGCAGUGCAAGUUCUAUACUUCCAUGCUGGCCCUCCCGCCCGCCGUGGAAACAGCACGAGCCCUCAUGUGCGUGGCCAUUGCUCUUUCCUUCAUUGCUCUAAUUAUCGGCAUCUGUGGCAUGAAGCAGGUCCAGUGCACAGGUUCCGACGAGAGAAUCAAAGCAUAUCUUCUGGGAACUUCGGGAGUUCUCUUUAUCCUAACAGGCAUCUUUGUUCUGAUUCCAGUGUGCUGGACAGCCAAUAUCAUCAUCAGGGAGUUCUACAACCCAAACGUCCCCAUCGGUCAGAAACGAGAGCUGGGCGCAGCCCUUUUCCUGGGCUGGGCGAGCACUGCGGUCCUCUUCAUCGGAGGGGGUCUGCUCUGCGGUUUCUGUUGCUGCAACAGGAAGAAGCGGUGGCACAGAUACCCAGCCCCUACAUACUGUGUGCCACAGAAGGAGAAGCGAAAGAACGCGACAGUGCUCAAAAAGACCUCCACCAGUUACGUCUAGUGCUCGCUUUCAGCACCAACUACGGAUUACGGUCAAUGCAUUUAUUUAAGUCCUGAAAUUGUAAGUACUUCAGGCAGGAGAGCUUUGCUUCGUAGCUACAUUUAAAAUGAAAUGAGAAUUGUAAUUUGUCACCUGAGGUGGAAAUGUAAAAUAACCUACUUGUCUGUUUUAAUCUCUUGUGUAUAAAUGCAUCUCUUAUUUAUUGGACUCAACCUCCAUUUCAAUUUAUGUGGUCUAAAAUCAAGUGUAUUCUUAAUCAUUAAAAAGUACAUAAUGCUGGACUAUCCCUUUUUGACUAUCAUAUCUUUUUCUGGUAAGACACAUAAAAUUGCAAUUGACAAUCUAUAAAAGUAAAACAUAACCUAUUA